AUGAAUGGAGCUCUUGGGAAUAAAUGGAGUGUGACAUACAACCCGGAAAAUCUCUGUGCUUUAAACGGAUCUACGGUGUUCAUGAAUAGCUCGUACACACACCCAACACAACAUAAUGUGACGAAAACAAUGUGGUUAAUAAAAAGAGUGCAGGGUAAACAGGAGACUGAUCUGUGUAAUGAACCAGGUUACUCAGGCAGAGUGGAGUAUUUAGGAGAUGAACAGAAACACUUCGCCCUUAGACUGAGUGACGUGAAGAAAACAGAUGAACAUGAAUACUGCAUUAGAAUAAUAACAAAUGAAGAAAAAGAAAGAUGGACGGGUGAACCUGGCGUUAGACUCACUGUUACAGAUCUUCAGGUGAUCGCUCCUGCAGAAGUGACAGAGGGACAAUCAGCCGUUCUGACCUGUAAAACCACCUGCAAUCUGACUGAUCCAACAUUCAUCUGGUACAAAAACAGCCGUGAUUUAACCACAAACACCAUCAAGAGCAAUAAAGUCCACCUGCAGUCAGUCAGCAGUGAGGAUGCAGGCAGUUAUAGCUGUGCUGUAAGAGGAUAUAAACAUCUCCCCUCACCUGCUCAAACCCUCAGUGUCAGAUAUCCUCCAAAGAAUGUCUCAGUGUCUGUCAGUCCCUCUCAUGAGAUUGAAGAGGGCAGUUCAGUGACUCUGACCUGCAGCAGUGAUGCUAACCCACCUAUCUACACCUGGUUUAAGGUGAAUGAAUCCUCAGCUGUAGGAUCUGGACAGAGUUACAGAGCUCUACAGAGUGGACAGUACUACUGCGAGGCUCAGAAUAAACACGGCUCUGAGAGAUCAGCUGCAGUGUCCGUCACUUUUAAAGUUGGAAUUGGAAUUGUUUCGCUUGCAGCUCUUCUCUUUGCACUCUUCUGGCUAAGAUGCACGAGAAAGAAGAAAAUGGAAGAUGAAAAUGUCUACCAGAUGAUUGGGCUGAAUGCAAAAGAUGACACAUACGCAGCUCUCUAUCCAGCAGGCCCUAACGAUGUGUAUCAGACACUUACGGGUUUACCCAGCCUUGUGGCCUAA